UUAACAUGACAUCGGCGCUCCUUUAUUAAGAAGCUUCAUUUAGGGGUUUUAGGGUUUCGCAUUUUGCUUUUGCCUUGGCUUCUUUCUCUCAACCAAAAAUGACUGCUCAGACCGUCAAAGAGAUCGAAGAGAUCCUCGCCGCUCAUCUCGACCAACAGAAAAUCGAUUCCGACCAACCUGAACAACCUGUAGUUGAAGACGACGACGAGGACGACGACGAUGAUGAUGAAGAUGAUGACAAGGAUGAAGAUGAUGCCGAAGGACAUCAUGAUGGAGAUGGAACUGGUAGAUCAAAGCAAAGCAGAAGUGAAAAGAAGAGUCGCAAAGCAAUGUUGAAGCUUGGAAUGAAACCAAUUCCAGGUGUUAGCCGGGUCACCAUCAAGAAGAGCAAGAAUGUCUUGUUCGUCAUUUCGAAACCGGAUGUCUUCAAGAGCCCGGCAUCAGAUACCUAUGUAGUGUUUGGUGAGGCUAAGAUUGAGGACUUAAGCUCACAACUGCAGACACAGGCUGCUGAGCAAUUUAAGGCCCCUGAUCUCAGCCAUGUAAUCUCCAAACCGGAGUCAUCAAGCAUGGCCCAGGAUGAUGAAGAAGUAGAUGAGACCGGAGUCGAGCCCAAGGACAUCGAGUUGGUGAUGACACAAGCAGAGGUCUCCAGGUCAAAGGCUGUCAAGGCACUCAAGGCUAAAGAUGGGGACAUUGUUGCUGCUAUAAUGGAGCUAACAACCUAAGAAUGGUAUUAGUGAUAUGCAAUGGAUUAAUUUGGUUUUUGAGAGUUUUGUGCUUCAUUUCGGAUAUCCUUUUUUUUUUUUUGCUUAAUUGUUUUUCAAAUUUCUUUUUAAAUGUUAUCUUUUCUUGUUACUGUUGUACUAGUAAAAAGCAUAUGGGAGUGCCGUCUUUGUUUCCUCUAUGAUAAGUAAAGUGAAACUCAUAAUGCUCUUAUCAAAUUUUGGUUGGUUGGAAA